AUGGGCAAGCGAGAAAAGAGCAGCUCCACUUCCCUUGUUUUCCCACCAUCCAUCUUCAUCGGGCCAGUCUCCGCAGCUUCGUCCCUCUCGCUGCUGCAGGCCAACUCAAUAUCACAUGUAUUGAGCGUUGGCACUAGCCCGCCAAGUAAGGUCCCAGGAGUGGCCUACCAUCGCGUAAGCGUCACCGAUUCGCCGUCUUCAUCGAUUAUGAAGAUUAGUGGCACCACCUGCGACAUCAUUGAGGCGGCUCUGCAGUCAAACAAUGGCACGGGCAGGAUCUUGGUUCAUUGUUCUGCUGGAAUAUCUCGCUCUCCAGCGGUAGUUGCGGCGUAUCUCAUGAAACACCAUGGCAUGUCAUUGAGGACGGCUCUGGGGCAAAUUGUGCGCGCUCGUCCGCAGGCAUCACCAAAUCCAGGAUUUUUACAAGAGCUAAAGGAACUCGAGCUACAACUACGCGGAACUCUAUCUUUAGAAGCAGAUGAAUUACCGAAACGAGAAAAAGACCGGCUGGCCAUGUUCCCUGAAGAGCACCAAGAAAGGCAGGAGCAGCCACAGAAUGGUUAA